AAACAGCCCUUUAUACAGACAGGCAGACUUGGAGAGUUCGCCCCUUUCUCCGGGUCAUCCAGCCGGCAAGGAGCGGAGCCCAGAGCAGAAGUCAGUAGCGGACCAGAGCCAAGGAUCCUCCCCGCUACCGGGUCUCCGCUUCUCUGAGAAAGUGGAGGCCCGAGCUCCAGCCACAGGAGGCCCCUCCACCUCGGGAGAUGGAUGCUCUUCAGCUGGAGCCACCUGGAGCUCUGCAGCGCUCCUGCUUUAACUGGGGCCACCUGGAGCUCUGCAGCUGCUCCCAGACUCCUAGGAAGGGGGUGGGUGAUAAAUGGGCCUGACGGCAGCCCCCAAUCUCAGGACGUAGAAGGGAGUGGCUCCUGCCUUGAGGUAGGCCAUGGAACGGUGGUGGCAGCUCCUGUUAGGGCUGUGGAUGGUCAUGCCUGUCUGGGCUGGGGACGAGCUGCUCAAUGUCUGCAUGAAGACCAAACACCACAAACGAGAGCCUGGCCCAGAAGACAAGCUCUAUGAGGAGUGCAUCCCCUGGGCAGAGAAGGCCUGCUGCACAGCCAGUACCAGCUGGCAUGCCCACCUGGAUGUGUCCCUGCUCUACAACUUCAGCUUGCUUCACUGUGGGUUGAUGAUGCCAGGCUGUGAGGAGCACUUCAUCCAGGCUGUCUGCUUCUAUGAGUGCUCCCCAAACCUGGGGCCUUGGAUCCAGAAGGUGGGCUCGAGCGGGCAGGGAGAGCGGAUCCGGGACGCGCCCCUGUGCUGGGAGGACUGCGAGCAGUGGUGGGAGGACUGCCGCACGUCUUACACCUGCAGAUCCGACUGGCUCGGCUCCUGGGACUGGAGCAGGGGGAAGAGCCGCUGCCCCUGCGGGGGCCGCCUGCCGCCCUUUCCCGCGUUACUUCCCCACGCCCGCCGCCCUGUGCCAGAGGAUCUGGAGCGGCUCCUUCCAGGCGAGCCCCGCGCGCAGGGGCAGCGGCCGCUGCCUGCAGAAGUGGCCGUGGCCCGCCUCUUCGCCGCCCCCGCCCGCGCCCGCGCCCCCGCCCGCCGCCUCUCCUGCAGCCUGGCCGGCCUGGCCGCCUUGUCCCUGCUGCUGGCGGUGCUGUCCCCGCGCCCCCGCCUGCGCCCCCCGCUGCGGCUCAGCCUGGGCCCGGGCGGCCCCCUUUCCCGGGCCCCCCCAAGGGAGCAGCACGGCUGGGGCGCUGCUGGGCCCCUGGCCGCGGGAGCCUGUGCCCGAGCCUGA